UUUUUCGCUGCUACACUUGCUGCCGCGUCUGUCACAAGUCGAGUGUAAAAUAGCAAAAUAGACCAAUUCUCGACAUUUUCACGUAAUUUUCCGCUUUAAAAAAUGUCGGCCCUAUUUCGCCUGGCCAAUCGCAAUAUAUUGCAGCGCAGCGUUACCCUGCGUCUAUCGCGCUCCAUCAAAACGUCACAAAAGAAAGAUGACACUGCUGCCGUCGCCACACCGACAACUAAGGAGGAUUUUGCCAACCCAAACCCAAAGAAUUGGGUGAGUUAUGGUUUUGACUAUAAGGAUAAGGCGAACGACCGUACCGCAACAAAUUUGAGCUUUUUCACGGCCGUCACACUUUGUUUGGUUUGGGGCACAUUUCUAUGGUCAUAUUCACCAGAUCCUAUGUUGCGCGACUGGGCACAACGUGAAGCAUAUCUUGAACUGCGUCGUCGUGAAAACGCUGGAGUUGAUCUAGUGAACCCCAACUAUGUGGAUCCCGCCUCAAUUAACCUGCCAUCGGAUGAAGAUCUUGGCGACGUAGAAAUAAUCAUUUAAAUUUAUAUAAUUGAAAUUUUUAUCUAAACUAAUUCUUUAGUUUAAGCGAAAUGCCACUUUUGUGCUAUGUUAUGUAAUUGAAUUGGGUAGAUGCUACAGCACUGUUGCAGAAAUAAAAGGAAAUCGCAAUAUCGAA